CUUUGAAAUCGCUCCAACGCUUCGUCGUCUCCCUCCUCGAAACCCUAGUCAGAGAGAGAGAGAGAGAGAGAGAGAGAGAGAGAGAGCGACACCUCCUCUCUUUCCCCCACCUGCGCCCUUCGCCGGAGAACUGCUUCGCCGCCGCGAUGGCCGCCGACAAAAACCCUAGCGGCUCCGCUGGACCGGAGCAGGCCCCUCAGAAGCAGCCCCCGUCCAAGGAGCACAAGAAGAAGAAGGAUGAGAAGAAGGACGAGGAUCUGUCGGAUGAGGAUUUGGCGUUGAAACAGCAGCUGGAGCUCUAUGUUGAGAGGGUCCAGGACUCGGAUCCCGGCGUUCAGAAGCUUGCUCUUGAGAGCAUGAGGCAGGAGAUUCGUACAGCUACUAGCUCAAUGACUUCUGUUCCGAAGCCUCUAAAGUUCCUCCGACCACAUUAUGGAACCCUGAAGGAGUAUUUUGAGAAAAUGCCUGAGUCGGAUUUGAAGAAGUACCUAGCAGACAUACUAUCUGUGUUGGCCCUGACAAUGUCUGCAGAAGGGGAAAGGGAGAGCCUGAAGUACAGAUUGUUGGGUUCUGAGGGAGAUAUUGGUUCAUGGGGUCAUGAAUAUGUCAGAAACCUGGCUGGCGAAAUAGCACAAGAGUUUCAAAAGCGCCAGUAUGACGACAUGCCUAUUGAUGCUUUGAUGGAACUAGUACAGCAAAUUGUUGCUUUUCACAUGAAGCAUAAUGCUGAGCCAGAGGCUGUGGACCUUCUGAUGGAGGUUGAAGAUCUGGAUUUACUAGUGGAGUAUGUCGAUGCUACAAAUUACAAAAGGGCAUGCUUGUAUCUUACUAGUUCGUCUAGCUACCUACCAAGCCCUGAUGACAUAUUAGCAUUAGACAUUGCUUAUACCAUUUAUAUCAAAUUUGAAGAUCUAGCAAGUGCUCUGCGUAUUGCUCUAUAUCUUGACAACAUUCAGUAUGUGAAGCAGGUGUACACAUCAACUGAGGAUUUGCUGUUGAAGAAGCAAUUUUCGUAUAUAAUAGCACGCCAUGGUUUAGCUUUAGAACUUGAUGAUGACAUAGUCGCAGAUGAGAGUGAUCGGGAAGCUUUGCAGGACAUUGUUAACAAUGCUAAAUUAAGUGAAGGAUACCUUACGCUGGCACGUGAUAUUGAGGUCAUGGAACCCAAGUCUCCGGAAGAUAUCUAUAAGGUACAUCUGAUUGAUGGCCGGGCCAGUGCAAGUUCUAGUCUUGAUUCAGCUCGACAGAAUCUGGCAGCGACAUUUGUUAAUGCAUUUGUUAAUGCUGGAUUUGGUCAGGACAAGUUGAUGACCGUCCUAUCAGAAUCUUCUACUGGUGGGUCUUCAGGGAGUUGGCUAUUCAAGAACAAGGAGCAUGGUAAAGCCAGUGCAGCUGCUAGCCUGGGAAUGAUUCUGUUAUGGGAUGUGGACUCUGGGCUUGCCCAAAUUGACAAGUAUUUGCACAGUACUGAUAAUCAUGUCGUUGCUGGAGCUCUGUUAGGUGUUGGAAUUGUCAACUGUGGUAUAAAGAACGAUUGUGACCCUGCAUUGGCUGUUCUUAUUGACUACAUUAACAAAGAAGAUACCAUUAUCCGAAUUGGAGCAAUCCUUGGCCUUGGCAUUGCAUAUGCCGGUUCACAUAAAGAGGAGGUUAGAUCUCGCCUAUCACAGUUCUUGGGAGACCCAAAAACACCUCUUGAACUCCUUGUAUUUUCUGCUCUUUCCUUGGGCCUAGUAUAUGUUGGGUCUUGCAGUGAAGAGAUUGCUCAAUCCAUUAUUUUUGCCUUGAUGGACCGAAGUGACACUGAGCUGGGCGAGCCCCUUACUCGCCUUCUUCCUGUGGCCCUUGGCCUUUUAUAUCUUGGAAAGCAGGAGAGUGUUGAAGCUACUGCAGAGGUCUCAAAAACAUUCAAUGAGAAAAUUAAGAAAUACUGCGAUGUGACCCUCAUGUCUUUGGCAUAUGCUGGAACCGGGAAUGUGCUUAAGGUCCAGAGGCUUCUUGGCAUCUGCUCGCAACAUCUUGACAAGGGCGAGACCCACCAAGGGCCUGCUGUGCUUGGAAUUGCUCUCAUUGCUAUGGCUGAAGAAUUGGGUCUUGAAAUGGCCGUGCGCUCAUUGGAGCGUCUGUUACAGUACGGGGAGCAGAAUAUUAGAAGGGCAGUCCCUCUCGCUCUUGGCAUGCUGUGCAUAUCUAAUCCCAAGGUUAACGUAAUGGACACCCUAAGCAGACUGAGCCACGAUGCAGAUGCUGAUGUGUCUAUGGCCGCAAUCAUCUCAUUGGGCUUAAUAGGUGCUGGUACCAAUAAUGCUCGCAUAGCCGGCAUGCUUCGUAACCUCUCAAGUUACUACUACAAAGAAGCUGGCCAUCUCUUUUGUGUGAGGAUCGCCCAGGGUCUCGUGCACCUUGGAAAGGGUUUGCUGACACUUUCGCCUUAUCAUUCUGAUCGGUUCCUUCUGUCCCCGACGGCACUUGCUGGGCUUGUUAUUAUUUUACACGCUUGCCUUGACAUGAAGUCUGUCAUCUUGGGCAAAUAUCAUUACUUGCUUUACAUCCUCGUCUUGGCUAUGCAGCCAAGGAUGAUGUUGACUGUGGAUGAAAAAUUGAAGCCUCUCUCUGUGCCGGUGCGGGUUGGUCAGGCUGUUGACGUGGUUGGUCAGGCAGGAAGACCGAAGACGAUAACUGGCUUCCAGACGCACUCGACCCCUGUGUUGCUCGCUGCGGGUGAACGGGCUGAGCUUGCCACUGACAAAUAUAUCCCGCUCACGCCAGUACUGGAAGGGUUUGUCAUCUUGAAGGAGAAUCCUGACUAUCGUGAUGAUCAUUAAGCAUUCUCUUUUGGUGGAUCUCGCUGCUUAAGUUACAAGCGCCGCAUGGCGACUCGGCAGCCACGAGGGCACCCAAGCAGUUGGGAUUUUCGAGCGCGGCUUUUAUACACACAGUUGUUACAGAACAGUGCGGGGCCCUUAUUUAUUUUAGAGACAUCAUAAAUUAAUGCAGGUUCCCUCCGAGAGUUCGCAAGCUUUAUGUCAUUUGCCAAACGAGUGAUCCUUUCAUUACGGAACGAUGAAUGUCGCAGCAAGGACACAGACUAAGCAUUUAGAAUCUAGUUAAAAGAGUGAUUUAGUGAAAGUUGGUGCUGUAAUGUUGAAUCUCUCUUGGCCCUGUCUCACCAAAGGGCCUCUCUCUCUCUCUCUCUCUCACUACUAGAAUCUGCAUUGGAAAAGUUUCGUAAUGUUAUGCCGAUCUGGGGUCCCUGGACCCACUGCUCUAGAAUCAUCUUAACAAGGGGAUAAACGCCUGAGAGGUUGGAAUCAGACGGGAUUGGAUUCAAAAUGUUUUGUUGUGUCCCACGGGAUUCACUCCUGAACCUCAUGAACUGAAUCUUGUUUUUGUCUCUAACAUUUUGCGUCUUAUCUUUAUCCAAUCUAA